AUGAAACCACCAGAAAUCCCACUAUUUGGUCGAAUCAUUAUCGCUGUUAUUGUUAGUAUAUUAGUAGUAUUUUCUACAUUAGGUAAUACUCUUGUCUUAUGUGUAUUAAACAGAAAACGUACAUUAUCACAACAAUCUCAAAGAAAGACAGAAUCAAUCGUUCAAUGUUGUGGUAAACAUAAUUCAUUACAAACAUCAAUGAUUGGAAUAACCCUUACAAAACGUUCAGUUACUUAUAUAUUUUUAGUUAAUCUUAGUUUGUCAGAUUUAUUGCAUAUCUUAAUUUGUGCACCAUUUACAUUAGUUGCUGAUUUCUUACUUAUUUAUUGGCCAUUUGGAGGCAUCCUCUGUCGUCUUGUCAACUAUUUACAAGGAGUUGUAGUAUUCAUAUGUGCAUUUACUCAUGUUAUUAUAUCAAUUGAUAGAUUAACUGCAGUACGUUGUCCUAUUUGGCGUAGACGUAAUCUAUCUGUUACUAAUGCACGAAUGAUAUUAUUAUUAAUAUGGUUUUGUGCAAUGAUUAUAUCAAUUCCUAGUUUAAUUGUAUGUCAAAUUAUUGUUGAUAAAGAUGGAUUAACACAUUGUCAAGAGGUAUGGUCAGAAACGUUUAUGAAUACUACAUCAAUUGUUGAUUUGAGUAAAUCUAAUUUCAGUUAUCUAACAAAUGGAUCCUUAGUACAAUUCUCUAUUUCUUUAUUCAAUCCAAAAGUAUUUGAAGAGUUCAAUGAUUCAAAUCAGAUUUCCUUGGAAUUAAUUUAUAAUUGGUUAAUUAUAUUAUUUCAAUAUAUUCUACCAUUAUUUGUAAUUAUUAUUACAUAUUCAGCUAUUAUAUGUCAAAUAUGGAUAUCAACUAUUCCUGGUGAAGUAAACGUACAUAGAAUUAAAAGAAGUCGAGCAAGUAAAAAACUCAUCAAAAUGGUGAUUAUCGUAGCUUCUUUGUAUGCCAUUUCCCAGUUACCAAGACAUAUAAUUUAUUUGAUUACAAUGAAUAAACCUGAUGCAUUUGAAAGAGAUACAAUUAUCUACAGUUGGUUAUUAUGUCAGUUAAGUGCAUGGUCAGCUACAUGUUAUAACCCAAUAGUUUAUAUAUGGAUGAGUCGAACAUUUCGACGUGAGCUAUCUGAAAUUUUCAACAAUCUAUGUUUUUGUUCAAAUGUACAAAACACUACACAAUAUACGUUCAAACAUUGUGACAAGCAUUAUUCCAGAAAAAAUAAUCGAUAUAACAGCAAACAUAAUCAUAAUCUUUGUAAUCAACAUCUUCAAUCCCAUAAUCAAAGGAGAUAUUUUCCUUAUUCUAAAGCAGCUACUUAUAACUGUAACAGUAGUAAUAAUAAUAUUAGUCAAGUGAAAAGUGUUGAGGAGCAUAUUGUUGACGAAGAGUAUUCAUCUACUAAUACUCAGUAUUUCAGCAUGAAAACCUUGGAUAACACAAAGAUUAUCAAGAUGAAUAAUGACAUCAAUAAACAGCUCAAACUAUAAAGAUGAUGAUGAAUUCAGUGAUAAUGUGAAAUGUAAAUGUGAUAAUGUAAGUAGAGCGAGUAGAUUAAUAUUUGCAGAAUAAAUUGAAUUCAAUAUAUUUCAAAGCUUCUCAUCAGCUGCAAAAGGGCUCAAUUUUACAACCAAAAUAUUGGUAUUCAAUUGUUAUUAUAUACCAUAAUCAAUGAACUUUAGUUAGAAACGAUUUAAGAAACAAGUAGGAACAAUAUAUUUCCAUAGUUGAGAUCAUGAGUCAAUCGAAUCUAGACCACGAAGGAAAACCUGGAAGCACUGAACGGCCGUUUCGUCCUAUUGUGGGAAUCCUCAGCAGUGCGUAUCCACGAUUUCGCCUCGCGAGAUACGAACCCAGGAUCUACUAGUCUAGCGCCAUAGCACUUAACCGACAGACCACUGGACCGGCAUUCCAUGGUGUUAAUGUCUAUCUUCAACCAAUCCACGAAGUUGAGCAA